GAGGGAAGAGUACAAUAGUAUAGAUGUGGCUCAUUGAAUCAUGGCAGCAGAGGAGGACCCAAUAGAGGAGAAGGAAUGCUAAGAUGCGCCGGAACUCACCACCGGCAUCCUCCAUGGCCACCGGCAAAGAUCACCGCCUUCUUCACCACCAGAAUUCCAAAAGAAAGUUCUCACUCGUACCCUUACUCUCUCUCCUCUGCUUCGCCUCCAUAUUCCUCGCCCUCUCUCUCUUCAGAAAAGCCUCAAUCCCUUCCCACUCCCGGGGAAUCUCCCGCUUCAGAUCCGACCCAAAUGCCGCGCUCCAGUCCUGCGAUUUCUCGGAUGGGACGUGGAUCUACGAUCCGGACGCCACUCCCCAGAGGUACGACAACACUUGCAAGGAGAUUUUCAAGGGAUGGAAUUGCAUUGCCAGUAACAAAUCUAACGCUAGAGAACUUAUCAAGUGGAAGUGGAAGCCAAAGCAAUGUGAUCUUCAUCCUUUUGAUCCCGUUAUGUUUUUGGAGAAAUAUAGAGACACUAGCAUUGGGUUUAUUGGCGAUUCCCUGAACAGAAAUAUGUUUGUCUCUCUCUUCUGUACUCUGAAACGUGUGACCAGUGAAGUGAAAAAGUGGCGUCCAGCUGGCUCUGACCAUGGGUUUACAUUUCUUCAUUAUAACCUCACUAUUGCAUAUCAUCGGACAAAUCUAUUGGUGCGAUAUGGUAGGUGGUCCGCUAACAGUAACGAUGCGGAGUUGGAGUCUCUUGGAUAUAAGGAGGGUUUUAGAGUUGACAUUGAUGUUGCUGAAGGCACAUGGGCAGAGGCUCCAAGCUUCCAUGACAUUUUAAUCUUCAAUACAGGACACUGGUGGUGGGCUCCUUCAAAAUUUGACCCUUUAAAGUCUCCCAUGCUUUUCUUUGAAAAUGGUCAUCCUGUUAUCCCUCCAUUGCAUCCUCAUGCAGGCCUGGAUAAAGUUUUGAUGCACAUGGUAACAUAUGUAGAAAAAAGAGCUCGACCAAGUACAGUCAAAUUUUUCCGCACACAAUCACCAAGACAUUUCGAAGGAGGUGAUUGGGACCAAGGUGGUUCUUGCCAACAGCUGCAGCCGUUAUUGCCUGAGCAAGUUGAAGAACUAUUCUCUCUAAAGAAUAAUGGAACGAAUGUGGAGGCGCGUAUUGUGAACCAACACCUUUACAAAGCCCUUGAAGGCUCGAAUUUUCAUAUUUUAGACAUAACCCGCAUGAGUGAGUUGAGAGCUGAUGCUCAUCCAUCAACAGCUGGUGGAAAGAAACACGAUGAUUGCAUGCACUGGUGCUUACCUGGAGUCACUGAUACUUGGAAUGACUUGUUCAUAGCUCAUCUGAAUCUUAAGGUCAGAAAUUGAUGAUGUAUUUGGAUUGAUUUACCUCCGAAAUUGGUAUCUGAUUGAUUGUAGUAGUUGUUGCUUAGUUUGGUUUGCAAAUGUUGAUGGCCUCACUACUGUUCAUUACUUCGAUGCCUUGGGCAUAUUUCCAUCCAGUUGAAAGAGCAGAAUAUGGCCUUAUUUCGUUUAGGCCUUACAGUCCCCAAAUAAUACCUCCUUGAAUCAUUUGCCACUAAAAGUUGGGUAUAUCGUAUGAUGUGGAUCCAAAUAGCACCCAGGGGAUCCCAAUUGAAGAAAUGAAUCGCGUAUGGAAGAAACAUUGGUAUUGGUUGCGUUUUGUGGACAAUGCUGACGAAUUACGCCAAUGGAGGCCUUGAGAUGGGGAAGGGAAACUAUGGUCCUUGAGUUUGUGGGAUGGAAGCUGCUGGCAUUAGUUUAUCUACUUAUGUUUUUAAUCUAUUUUUUUAGUUUAUAAUUUGGAAAAACUUUUCAAGUCUUAGCUUUUUAGUAUUUGUGGGGAAUCUGUGAUGUCAACAGUUUAUGAUAGGCCUAAUUUGAUGGCAGAAAGAUUUGUAUGUUGUGUAUAA